AUGAACGAGGUUGCUAUGAUGAAGUCAGAUCAUCAUCUUCAUCUAGAGGACGACGGGAGGGCGUUGGAGAGAUGCAGAAUGGACUGUGAGAUGAAAGCUCAUGAAAAAAGCAGUUUAACAGAUGAGCAGAAUUCAGACUUGAUGCCAUGCAAGGACACAACUGCCAACAGCUCCCCUGUCAAAUACAAAAGAUAUGGGUCUCGUUUGGAUGGGGUCAAAGUUCGCCACAAGAGACAGACGCUACAGGACAUGGCGCGCCCACUGAAACAUUGGCUUUACAAACACAGGGACAACCCCUAUCCCACCAAGACUGAGAAGGUCCUGCUAGCCCUAGGCUCACACAUGACACUUGUACAGGUAUCGAAUUGGUUUGCAAAUGCCCGGCGGAGGCUGAAGAACACAGUGAGGCAGCCAGACCUCAGCUGGGCCCUGAGGAUCAAACUCUACAACAGAUACAUCCAAGGCAACGCUGAGCGACUCAGUGUGUGCAGUGAUGAUUCCAACUCAGAGGAUGAAGAGUGUCCUCUACAAACUCCUGUCAGCCAUUCAGACUUCAGCAGGUCAUCUUCCCACAAGGGUGUCCUCCAGACGCAAGGAAACAUCCUCACCAGGGCCAACUCCACCAACAGCGAUGACGGUGUUUCACCACCCUCCAAAUACAAGAGCAGUUUACUCAAUAGAUAUCUGAAUGACAACUUGCGGCAUGUGAUGGCAGCAAGCUCGCAUAACAUCAGCCCAUCCCACAAGAGGAGGAGCCACUCAGAGUCAUUCAGCUCUAACGAAUGCGAUGAAGAUGUGGUCUCUCCGGCAUCUUCGUCUGAAACAGACACCAACUUUGUCUACCACAUGGACUCAGCAGACUAUGCCUCAUCAAAAUGUGAUAAAGGCCAGCAACAGGACAGAGGCCAGCAGGGGAGAGAGGACCAGGACUGGAGAGAGAUCCAUGCUGCCAUGGCUCUAACCAACUUGGCCCAGGGUCAGCGCUGCACCACAGAACAGAGCUGCAUAAGAGUGUCCACUGCCGCCGCUCCUGGGCGGCUCUGCAACAGAGGACCAGCUUCAACCACACGGACCACUAUCUUGAGUAAGAUCUGCACCACAGGACCCAUCACUACAACAAGGCAGAGCUGCUCUGUGAAGCCUUUUCUGAGUGUGAAUGGCUCCACCUUGGGGCCCACCCUCACCAGCCGCAUUAUCCAGAAGUCUUCUCACAUCUCAGAGAUCAAGACUGUCAAGGUUCCCUUGUGCAGGCAGUCAGUAUGA